AGGAGAGAAGAUCGGACGACGGAGAGUUUUUAACCGGAGCAGAUUGGGAUUAAACGGCGGCGAAGGCCCGAGUCAUUCUGCUGGCCGAGGCCUUCGAGAGGCGGCGAGGGGGGGGGAAGAGUUUAAAAAAAAGGGAAGCGAGCGAGGGGAAGAUAAUAUUCAGUGUCGGGUUUAGGAGAAAAGGGGCUCUCAUUGCCUUGCCUUGAGGCCGGCUUCGCUCUCAGACGGGGAGUUAGUGUGUGUGCGUGUGCUGUGUGUGUGAGAGAGAGAGGUUGCCGAGGCCGUGUCCUCCUCCUGCUGCUGUUUCCCCGCCGUCCGAGGGGGAAGGAUACACAGAAGAGCGGCUGAAAGGGGCUGGAGAGAAUCCGACGGCGGUCCGGACAAGUGAAGGCAAGGAGCGGCGGCCAGAUUCUUCAAACAAAAUUCUCUCUACAGAGCCAAAAAGCAGACGGCUCAUGACUUCUGACCAGGACACUAAAGUUGUGGCUGAACCGCAGGUGCAGCAAGUGCAAGAAGUUGACAGUUCUCCUCUGGAAUCCGCCAAGGUUUCAGAACUGAAUCCUAAUGCCAAAGUUUGGGCAAAUCAUGUGCUAAGUCUGGAUGCUGCUGCAAGCAAUGCCUGUGAGACUUGGGAAGACCAAUUGGAGGCUCCUGAUAGUUGCCCAGAAGGGUUUGAGACCAAUGGUGAUGCUGAAAAGUCAUUUCAAAGUCCAUCACAGGAGCCCUCUUUGACAGUUCCUUCUGCUGAACAAUCAGACUUGGAUGCUGUGACACUCCAAUGCUCUGACUCCUUCUACUCAGAAUAUGAGACCAUACAUGGAACCAGGCAGGGAGGAGGUGAUCAGACUCUUUUGGAACAGGAAACAGUAGGUCAAGAAGACCUUCGAGAGCUGCUGAAAAAGACACUGGAGUUCUGUUUGUCUCGAGAAAAUCUGGCCACUGAUAUGUACCUGGUCUCCCAAAUGGAUAGUGACCAGUAUGUGCCAAUACUGACUGUGGCAAAUCUUGACCACGUGAAGAAGCUGAGCACAGAUGUGGAUUUGAUUAUUGAAGUUCUAAGAUCAUUGCCUUUGGUCCAAGUGGAUGACAAAGGAGAGAAAGUCAGGCCAAAUCAAAACCGCUGCAUUGUAAUUUUACGUGAAGUACCAGAGUCCACUCCUGUUGAGGAAGUAGAAGCACUCUUCAAAGGAGAAAGUUUCCCGAAGUUCAUGAGUUGUGAAUUUGCCUACAAUGACAACUGGUUCAUUACCUUUGAAUCAGAGGCUGAUGCACAACAGGCUUACAGAUAUCUUCGGGAAGAAGUUAAAACCUUCCAGGGUAAGCCUAUAAAGGCAAGGAUUAAAGCAAAGCCAAUGGCUAUCAACACUUUUCUACCAAAGAAUGGUUACAGACCUCUUGACAUGAACCUAUACACUCAGCAGAGGUACACAUCAUUUUAUGUGCCUCCAAUAUACAGUCCACAACAGCAAUUUCCACUUUAUAGCCUUCUUACUCCUCAGUCCUGGUCAACAACGCACAGCUAUCUGGAUCCUACUUUGGUAUCUCCAUUCCCUAAUGCUGGUUUCAUAAAUGGAUUUACUGCAGCUCCAAACUUCAAAUCAGCUACAGCCCCUUUGACCUCACUCAGACAAUAUAAUCCUAGGAACAGGAACCACAGCAAAACGCACCUGCGCCCCACACUGCCGAACACUGACCGUGGUCCAGGACUUUUGGAAAGCCCAACGAUAUUUAAUUUUUCUACGGAUCGUUUGUUGAAUGGUGUUCGAAGUCCACAGAUGCGACCAGCUGGACCAAACAGGACACGGAUCCAUAGUAGUGCAGGUUAUAAGAGAGAUUUUGCAAUUGGAAGGUCAGAGCAAAUCAGUGCUGAUUCAUCACCCAGCAUGGGCCGAGGAAGGAAGAAUUCUUAUGGAUACAGGAAGAAAAGGGAAGACAAGUUUAUGAGAUCCCAGACACAGUCCCCUCCACCAAAGCCACCAUCACCUAACUUUGAACUAGGGUUGUCCAACUUCCCUCCUUUGCCUGGAGCUGCUGGUAAUCUGAAGACUGAAGAAGUUCUUGAGAAUAGGCUAUCAAAUGUGGUCAAAGUACUUCCAAAAGAGAAGGCACAGAUAUUACAGAGUAUAAAUGUUGAUGCAAGCACUAACACUAUACCUUCGGGAAUACCACGGGAGACGUUGCCAUCCAUAUCUCCAACUGCACUGCCAGCAACUUCCGAGGGCUCCCCUUCACCACCACAUUCUCCAGAAAUCAAUGAAACAAAGAGCCAGGAAACCAAGCAAAGAGAAACACAGACUCCUUUGGAAAGACUGACAACACCCCUUUCUACUGCAAGUAAAUCCGUACAAGUGAAUGGAGCAGCCACAGAACUUCGAAAGCCAAGUUAUGCUGAGAUUUGCCAGAGAAGUGCUAAAGAAUCUCUAACACUACAACCACAGAAGGAGCAAAAACCCAACACUGCAGCCAGCAGCAAGGAUGACAAAAAAGUUUCAGAAAACCCAGUCGACAAAGAGUCUAAAAAUAAAGACCUAUCUAUUGGAAAGACAAACCCAGGGAAGCCUAGAGACCAGCGAAGACAAUCGGGUCGCAGAACACCCCCUCAGGGCAUCAACAAGCGUACAACUAGAGAGCAACACACACCCCCAAAAUCACCCAACUGAAGGUGCUGAAAUUGUGGUAUUGAUUUAAAAAGGUCUGGUCUGUUCAAGUGUAAAUCCCCUCCCCCAAGUCUCCAAUCAGAGCACAGAGGUUGUUGAAAUAAUGGUUUGCUGGAAAAGGGCUUGAAGGCAACAAAAUGCACUUUGUGUUGAGCGAGAGUGUAAUACUACUUGCCUUAGGCUCCAACUUUUCAGUAUUUGGUGAAAUGUUGUGUAAUGUCUACUGUAACUUAAUCUCUUGCUCAGUUGUGGAUUGGAAAAAUUCUUUGCCCGUUUGAAGGUAAGGGGAAUAAAUGGAACCAUGAUCAGCAAACUGGCAUGAACAUUAUGCUGUGGGCCAGAAUGUGGUUUUUUGUUCAGUGUGAUUUUGUUUGCUGUAAUUACACAAGAAUAAAAGGGGGAGCAGUGGAUGUUGGAUCUACUUCCAUGGUGUUGAGCAGUGUUGCAAGUGGUUUUCUGUUCUACAGAUCUAUUUGCCACAGAAUGUGAUCAGUGUGUGAAUGCUGACAUUUAAUUUUUUUUAUAUAGGGUAGUAGCUUGAAAUACAAAAAAAAUCUCAAACCCAUUAAUUAGGUGUUAGUGGGAAGUGAUUGGAGUCAUAACCUGGAUGGUAGAUUUAACACAAGCUGUCUAAUUUCUUUGCUUUCUGUUGUGUAGAUUUUCUGUUGAUCUUGAUGCUUCAGAGUUUACUUUUGCACUGUUAAUAGUAAGCAGCCAGUUGAUUUUUGAAUAAGGGUAGGGCUACUGUCUAACAUGUAACAGUGAUUAUGAAUUACUACGAAAGACUGGUUUAUGUACCUCUGUGCUCUAAAGUAGGUAGCAAUGGAUUUUUAUUUUUAAUGCUCAAUUCCAAGUGCUUGCUUUUUUUCUUUAAAGAGAAACUCCCAGUCAAUACACUGGCACUUUCCUGUAAUUUGGUACAUUGCAAAGUACUUGAAAUGGGGUGAGGAUGAAAGAUUGGAGUAGAAUUUGCCUGAAUUUUCACCAUGUUUUUGUCUAAUAGCCAGUUUUUUCGAAGUGAUUCAUCUCUGCUGUAGAAAAUGUUGGAUUAGUUGCUGAGUUUUUCUUUUUAAAAUACAUAAUUUCAAAGGACAAGCGUGCACUGAGUCUACUGCCAUCUACUAAGUUGCAGGUGAUAUGUGGAUGCUUCUUGUUUUGCUACACAGGAAGAAAGUAUUGGCUCUUAAAAAUACUUAUGGCUAGUUGUCAUAAUAACCUAGACUAAAGUCACUGCUCAAAAGAAAGCAGUACAGCACUAGGCACAAGCUUGCUGGUCAUAGGAGAAAAUGGGUAAGUUAUUCCAUAAAAGGGUAUUAUUAUUUCAACAACUGUUCUUUUCAUGCUAUAAAUUAAUUUCCAUCCAGUGUCAAAAUGAAAAACUUGAAUUUCGUUUUAAACUUGAAAAUGACUUUGCCUUAACUUUUGUAUGAGACAGAUUUAGAUGUUGUUAUAACUGACCCCAGAGGGUUGGAAUGGGCAAGAUAAGGUUACUCAGUUACAUCUACUGUCACUAGUCUUACUGGGUAAAUCAGAUGUGUGUGAACUAGCAGUAAAUAGCAUUUUUUUGUAAUAUAAUUUAUGAAGAUCUUAAAAGUUGGAUCCUUUUUUCAGAUUGUUAAAAACCCUGUAAAUGCAAAAAUAGUCAAUACUGUAUUAAACUUGUGCACUUGGAAGUGUGUGCUUUGCUUGUACAGUUGUAAAUAAUCAGAACAUAUAAAAGGUACCUUUAAAAAACUGAUAUAAAAAUAUUGAUAUUGUUGGCAUAUCCUCAAUGUUGCUGUUGAGCUGGAUGUAGCAAAAAAUUAAGUGUUGUAGUCUGGAUAUGUUUUUCUGGUGUGCUGAACUGAUUCUGCCUUCACUGCAAAAGGGGAAAUUGGGGAAACGCAACAGUAAGACUAAUGGCCUUUUUCCUAUUAACUCUCCUCCCUCUUCAGUUUUUCACUUUCUCUUACUUCUCUUUUCAUCCCUUCCCAAUUGUCCCUCCAAAACAAAACCUAGUUACUAAUAAAACAGGUUCUAAAAUGUCUGUCGGCCUGUUGAUUUGCAUAAUUAUUUUUAAAUCUUAAUUAACAUCUCAGGUAACAUUAAAAAUGCACACGUCAAACAGGAUGAAAUUAUGUAUAUACAUGAAACGAUUGAAUGGUAGGAAAUAUUAAAGCAGUUGUGCCAUUGCAUUCUUUUACUAAGCACUCUUUUCCCCUGGUGCCAGUGUGUGCAGCAGUUUGACAACUUGUAUUGGGUUAAAAUCAACUGGAUUAAUUUGCUUGACUGCUGAAAGUAUGGUGAUCAACAGCUGCAUCUGGUGAGAAUUGCUGAUCACACAACCAAUUCAUUAUCUUGUAGCCAACUGGUACAUUUUUUUAUUGUGAUGUUCAGCAUCCUGCUAUAAGUGUGAGUGCACUGUUAAUGAUUUGCUGUUUUUUUUUUCGUGAAGGGCACACAAUUACUUGAUUUCUGUUACUGGAGCAGGGAACUUUGACUAUCAGAACAGGAGGUUGCAGUGGGUACUGUUAUUUCUAUGACAGUUGAAUAUGAAAUUGCAUUGAUUGUCACGUCUGCAUAAGUUGCUGUCAGUGUGCACUGGUGUUAACUUGAUCUCAGCAGGAUGAUUUGAAACAGUGGGUCAAGCACGAAAAAUGAGUAAACCUACCAACAUAAAAACUACCUGUUUAUAUGUUGCACCUCAGUGAAUAGAAUAACAAACUAUACAAUGUAUUGAGUGCUGCAACAGUACUAGACAAUUAUCACUGAGCUGUUAUUAAUCUGUUGCAGCCAACCAUAAUGACCCCUUUUGUCUGUCUGCAUGUAAUGCAGUUAUAAAAGCAGGAGAUGGCCAUGAUGCCUACUGCUGUAUUUACUUCAGCUUUUUGCAAUUUUUGUGUACUGUAACCGUUACACUAACAGCAGUGGACAAUUGAGGAUUAUUAGAGAAGGUAAUGACAGAACCUGCUUUGGAGUAGAAAUCUUUUGGAAGCAUUGAGGGUUUUUUGUUUUGUCUUAAAAUGCUGCGAUACAAACUGGAAUCAAGCUUACAUGUAAACUAUUGGUAAUUUAAUUUUUUUGUGUCACAAUGCAAAACUGUCUCAUUUGAAAAUGUAGCUUAAGAAAAAUAAAUUGAGUUAGCAAUUGUAACGUCA